GGAGUUUGUAAGGAAUUAUUAGAGAGACUAGAAGGUUUUCAAACCAAAACUGCAUUUGGAAUGCUCAUCAAAUCAUCACGUUUUAAAGGUUAUGCCAUCCAUCAGCGACUCCGCGGUUCUCUCCAGCGUUCCCCUUGUGAUAUAAAAGCACGCAGUCUUCAAGGCCUUCGAGAAAAGAUCCGGUUCUCAGAGCAUCAAGUUCCCAGAAUACCAUCCGCAAUCUGAAUCAUACGAGUCAGAAUCUUCACACCACGUUCAGAUACCCCACUGUCAAACCAUCAUUCCAUGCUGAGCACAAUCAGAAGCACCAUGUCCAGCACACUCCGUCACGCAAAGAUCACGCCGCACCGAUCUGCUGCCCGAGGGCAUGCCAACCACGGCUGGCUGGAUACCUACCACUCGUUCAGCUUCGCCAACUGGUACAACCCCAACUUCACCCACUUCGGCGCCCUGAGGGUCCUCAACGAGGACCGGGUCAAGGCCAACUCCGGGUUCCCGGCCCAUCCACAUCGCGAUUUCGAAAUCUUCAGCUACAUCAUCUCGGGCGAGCUGACGCACACCGACUCAACGCACAAGAAGCAGGAAGUCGUCGGGCGGGGCGACAUCCAGUUCACGACGGCCGGCACGGGCGUCACGCACUCCGAGUACAAUCACGGGCGGGACCCGGUGCACUUUUUGCAGAUCUGGGCCAUCCCGUGGAAGCGUGGCCUGGCGCCACGGUACGACUGGGGACGGUACAACGACGAUGACAAGCGCAAGGGCUUCGUUAACCUGCUGAGCCCGCUCAAGGGCGGAGUCAAUGCGACGGCCGAGCAGGAAAAGGCGGCCGAGCCCACGAUCCCCGGGACCAUCGCCAUUCAUGCUGACUUCGUCAUGUCUGCGGGCAUUAUCGCCCCGGGAAGCAGAUUUGAAUGGACGGUCGGUGCCAAGGCGACUGAAGCGACAAAGAGGAAGGUCUAUGUGCAUUUGCCGAUGACGAAGGGAGGCAAAGCGAAGAUCAGGCUGGACGGCCGGGAAGAGGGAGUGCUGGUGGAAGGAGACGGCGCGUUUGUCGAUAGUGUCAACGCUGGCGACAAGCUUAUGGUGGAGAGUUUGGGUGACGCCGAGGCAGAAGUCGUCGUUCUAGAUACCGCGUAAUGUUAGCAAAAGGAUGGUUCAAGAAGGUGUUACCCAUAGCGCCAGGCGAAAUAGACUGGAAGCAUAAUCACUAUCAUUCUUGGUCUUGUGCGACUAAAUUAUUUGAAGCCCUUCCUCGCCUCGGCCCCCAUGGACCGAUGGAGACGAAAGGAAUGAGUGAUUCCUGCAAAGAGGAAAGUUCCAAAAAUUCCCUGCCAGGUCAAGACCCAACAGGAGCGGUCAGGUUGUAGUUUUCAACUAGCAAAAACGUGAUCUCGGACGAAUCCUCACUGAUACACGUAAAACCCCUGCAC